AUGGAAUUAUCAACACCAGAACCAUGUUUGUCAAAGGUUGAUUCCUCUGUCACUGUGGCUGGCAGUCACCAAAGAGGCAGUGUAGAAGACUGCUGUGCAGAAGAAAACAAAGGUGAUGACAGAGAGAAAUCAGAUGUCAAGGAAGUAAGAGCAGAUCAGCAAACCUCAGUGGAGAGUACAACACUGCUUCUUCAGAAGUGUAUACUGAAUGCCCAUGAGUUAUCAGGAUGUGUCUCUAAUUCAGAUUCUGGAGGUGAUAGCACUGAAACACAGACUUCGAAAUUCUGUGAACCUUCCCAAGGAAAACUGCGUAAUGCAAAUGCAGCAAACUCUUCCAACUUGCAAGUUUCUCUAGAAACAGAUGUAGUUCUUCAGAUUCAAGCAGCUAUAAAGAUAAUGAAUAAGCGUGACACAAUAUUAGCAAAAAAACAUUCUGAGGAGAGAGCAAUUAAAAAACAAGGCAAAGAAAUUAGGGCAAAGCUCUGGAAAGAACUUCAGUCUAUCAGUACCACUAGAAGCCAUGAAGAGAGAGAAAACACAAAAUGUUUUUUAGCUUUGAUCUCAUCAUGGCAGGAUACAGCUGAUUACUUUCAUGCUAAAGACAAUGAAAUAUGUACUUCAGUAUUUCACACACAAAUUAAUCCAGAAGAUUAUGGUUGCCAUAAAACCCAACAUAAUCAAGAUUCUCCAAGUGAAUUAGAAACAAAUGCAUUUCUUAAUCAAGCAGAAAAAACACAUAGCAGAAGUAAAAACAAUCAGGAUUUCAUUAAAAAGAACACUGAGCUAGCAAAGGAUUCAGGAAACCAGAUUGUUAUGCUUGAGAGGGAAAGGAAAAGGAUAAUUGAACUAUUGAAAGAUACAGAAGGUGGAAGUGAACUGAAAGCUCUUGAGGAGGAUGUAUCUGGCUGGCUAGCACCAGGAGAAAGGUGCACACCUGAACCAAUGGAAUUUCAUCACCUACACGAGAUAGAUGUUAAGCUUCAAGUACUGCUAUCUGACGGGGAUUUUUCUGCAAUUUUCAGGUCUUGCUCUAAACCUUCAAGCCAGAUUUAUCAGGAGUCUCUGGUUUAUGCAAACAGAAGCCUAGAAGCAGUUCCAGGUGAAAAGGUUCUGCGAGACAAAAAGGAACAACACCAUCAACAAAAUCGUCUGAAAGAAAUACAUCAUCAGCUGAAAUCCCUAGGGAGAAAAACUGGAAUCACCAGCGUGGAUAAAAAGCUUUGUGAUCCAGAUUGCAGUGUGAACGCAGUGGUGUAUUAUAAAUUACUGAUAGCACGGUUUCUACCGUUGCAAAAACUUCAGCCACUAUCUGCAUAUGCAGAGUUUGCGCUGGUGCUGCUGGAACUGCACAGCCAAUAUGAUUGA